AUGUUUUGGCGCAAGAAGAACCCAGAGAAACCAACAGUUUUGGUUCCACUUUAUGUGUAUCCUGAACACGGAUCCUGGAAUCUAUUAUACGCAAUUAUCAAGGGAAACCCGCAGAUCGAAUUCCUGAUCAUCAUAAAUCCAAACAGUGGCCCCGGUUCAGAAGAUCUCCCCGAUGAAAACUACACUGAAGGAAUAACUUUACUCAAUGGAUACGCUAAUGUUACUCUUGUUGGAUACAUCUCGACGGACUACUUCAAACGUGAUAUCAACCACGUGCUGAAAGAUGUACGGACGUAUGCGGGAUGGAGCAAGGGUAAAGGAUUUGGUGACCCGAAUAGUAAACAGAAGGAUCUGGGUCUGCGGGGUGUCUUUCUCGAUGAGACGCCGAAUGAAUGGAGUGUAGAUGCAGGGAGGUACUUGGAGAGGUUGACUGGAGUUAUCAAAAGUCACGGAGAUGAGCCAAUAAUAAUCCACAACCCAGGAACCAUCCCCUCGCCCUUAUUCACACCUUAUGCAACUCUCACCGUCAUGUUCGAAGGCUCAUACGACAUUUAUAAAUCAGCAAAUAUGACGACCAAAACUUCAGUGUUCGCGAAGAUGUCAAAGGCAUCUCGAGAAAAAUUAGCUGUCAUCUUACACUCGCUACCUAAGACCAUGGGCGACAAGGAGGAGACUCAGAUGAUGAAGGGGUUGAAUAAGCACUUUGGUGCGGUGUUCGUAACGGCUUUGAAUGUAAAUUAUUAUGAGAGUUUUGGGGAGGAAUUUCAGAGUUGGGUUGGAGGAUUGAGUUCGAAGUAA